GUUAAUGAGGUACUUUUCCUACCCUUCCUUCGCGUCUCUUCAGCCCGGUCUAGUUUCGCCUACUUCCGAAACAGGCCUUUUCUUCCUUACACAUAAAUUCUCAUCUUAAGGCUUCCGCGAUAAAAAAAAAAGAACCUCUGUCUGCCUCCUUGCCAAUUGUACGUAUAAGCACAUAUCUCAGCAAGCAUCGCUGCACCAGCCUAGUUGGGAAUCAAUCUCCAGCGCUCCGCUCUUAGUGGAAGGAGAUUUCAAAACGUAAGCCGGUCAAAACAAGCCGGCAGCAUUGCAGCGGGCGCUACAUCAAUCAGCACUCGAAUCAAGUGCAUGAAAAACAUAAUGUCGCGCAUUUAAAUUGCCAAUAGUGGAUUGGAACGAAUGCGCCAAAGUGACAUCGUCGGGGAUUACCAACUCUAGACCCUUAACUGUCCAAUUGACCGCCCACGUCAGACCAUGACCGUACCCAUGGCCGCUGACAGGACAAACUCGCCAGCUUUCGGUGGUCCUCAACCGCAUGAGAGCAAGCCCAGCUCCGGUUUCACACCUCUGCCGCCCAUCCGCAGAACUUCAACUAUCGAUCUGUUAUCAAGAACGAAACUGGGGGCUGACGAAGACGACAGGAAUCCGUCGCCGGUUGGGGAUUCAGAUAAUGACGUGCCGCCACCGCCUCCCGCAAAAGAGGAUAUGAGCUAUCAAAACGGUAACGGGCAUAUUCCCGGCCAGGGACAGGCGAACCAGGACGUCGCGCAUCCGAGUCAGCCUCAAAAUUUUGCUCAACCACCUCAGCAGCAUCCCGUUCUUGCAAACGGUCAACCCCCAAACCCCAAUGGGUACGCAGUUGGUAGAGGCGCUCCUCAGCCUAAUGGAUUUCCGCAACAGAUGUUCAUGGGACGUGGAGGACCUGUAGGGCCGCAUCACCAAUUUCCAGGCCAACCAGGCGCGCCUAUGCAAAAUCCUGGCCAGCCCUUUAUAUCACAAAUGACCGGCAAUCCAAUCCAAAAGUUCCCUCCUAACAGUCAAUGGAAGCUGGAGGAGUCGCAUCUCUCAGAACCUCUGAUCCAGCAUAAACCCCGGCCGGGCGCAAAUAGCCCGUCGCCACAGCAACCUAACAACUACGCCGCAUAUGAUAAAGAAACAGAAGAUCCGCUGCCGUCGGCCAAGGGCCAAACUAGAUCUGGACCGCGACCGAGGAACAACAGUAAUAGCAUACCCCCGGUCUCGGCAGAACGGUAUCGUACGCAUAACAUCUUCGUUCCCCAAGGCCACGACCGGGGUCACGUCGGGCCUCCGUAUCAACCUGGUCACCCUCUUUUCCGGGGCGGACCCAACGAUGCGGCCGGCCAGGGUGGAAGAGGGUCGCAUGAUGCCGGGCCUAGUAAGGAGAUGGAUAUCCACGUUGAUGAAGUGUCGGUCUCAAGCACUGCUAGUGAGGAAAGGCCUAAGGAUGGUAGACGAGGUUCCGGAUUCUUUAGCCUCCCUAACCGUCGCAACACGGGCGAGCAAGGGUCUGAGCAGAAUGCGUCUGGGAAAGAAAAGAGCUCUUUCUUCGGCGGAGUAUCUAACCACAACAAAUUCCAGCCGAAGCAGAAGUCCAACCUUGGUUCUUCUUUUGACCAUGAUGAUACCUCGGAGCAUGUAUCGAUGAAGAAGCGUCUAUCUGAGCUCACGGGGAUGAUCAAAGGAGUGGGGAAUGCGAAGGAGGGGGCCAAGGAUGAUCAACCCGCUAAGCCGAGUACCGCGUAUCCUUCGUCGAGACCUUCAUUACAAGGCCCGAUGCGAACCCAGACGGGACAAAUGCAGCCAAGUCCGUUGGGAAGCCCUCCGCUAGGGAUAGAACGAAGCAGUACUGGUGGAAUGCGACCUCCAGAAACCCAGCAACUCCAGGAUGCCGAGGGAGAACGUGAGAAGAAGCCCAUGGGCGGGUUCUUGGGCGGGCUUUUCAACAAGCAAGGAUCGAAACCUCAAGAGUCGAAGCAGCAAAAUCAGCAGACGCCGCCGCAUGUUCAACGACCACAACACCAAUUCCCCAUGCAGCCUGGCCGAUUUGGGCCGGGUCAGAUGCCACCCCCUGGACAACAGUUUCCUCCGCACCCGGUGUUCGCCGGUCAGCAAUCUCCUAUGCAGGAAAGCAUACCAGGACAGCAGGGUCGGCAACCUAUGGCGCCCGGUCAACCGAAUAUGACAUCGCCUCUGGCGCCCCAGUUCCUCGGGACCGCGCAAAGAGUGAUGAUGCGUAGGCCUUCGGAAAUAACCGUCUCUUCCCAGAACCAGCCAGCUGGGCCGCAGAUGUCGACGAGCCAACGGUCACAGUUCGGGCCCCAGCAAGGUCCACAAGUUAAUAUUCGACCAGCUACGGCGCAAGACGCCGAUGGUAGAAGUAUAGGCAAACAAUCAGGAGACGACGUAUUUUCCGGGCCCAGCGCAUUUACAAGAGACUCGCCCCACCGCUCCCGUCCGUCUUCUCCAGACGUCGGCGGAUCACAAAUCGCAACCCGGAUCACUCCCAACAGGAAACCCGUCGGCUCCGGUUUCUCGAGACAAGACGGAACGUCGCCUAGCUCCUCCCCGCAGACCAAGAAACCGGCCAAACCGAGCGAUCUGUCACAGGCCGAUAGCAACGAGGAGGAAGAGGUACCGUCCAGCCAACUCCCAUCUGGUCAGCAAAGCCCUACCCUCGGUAAGUUAGGUCACGUGCGCCAGACGUCUCUCCCGUCCCCAGGACGGCCCCUUGUUAUCACAUCUCAGCCCGGGCAGGCGAACUACCAGCCUAGCGUAGGCGGCACACCAGUCUCUCCGCACGGCCCGAUGUCGCCGUCGCGGGACCAGCAGCUACAGGGCCAAGCGAACGAGGGUCCCCAGCGCCAACGCGGCAUGUCGCAGCCGGGCCAGGGGCCGGUCGGCUUCGCUUCUUCUUCUUCUUCCCCGUCCGGGUUCGGCCCGCAGCAGCAGCAGCACCACGUCCCGGGCCAGAUCCCGGCGGGCUGGGGCCCCAACUAUUCCUUUGCUAACCAGCAACGUCCAGGGCAACCGCUCCAGCACCACCAUGCCAGCGCGCAAGGGGUGCCGCGCUUCGUCGCCCUGCCCCCGUUCCAGCAGGAGACUAUAAACAAGUUCUUCGGCACCGACCCGAGGGACAAGACCAUAAACCCGGCGACGCAGCAGCAGCAGCAGCCCCCGCCGAAGGAGGCGAAGGAGAAGAGCGCUAAGGAGAGGUUCCUCGGCGCGAUCAAGCGCGUCAGCAAACAGACCGGCGGCGGAUCCGAUUCUGUGAGCGGCUCGCCGAAGCCGGAUAAGACGCAGCACCCGCAGAAGCCGCCACCUGGACACCACACGCCUCCGUCUACGGCACGGCCUCAGCAGCCGGGUCAGCCGAUGACGCAGCAGCAGCAGCAGGCGAUGAUGACGCGGCCGCAGAUCAGCGGGCCGGCGCCGGCUGGGCCGAUGGGCCCGAUGAGUAAUAUGCCACCUGGCCAAGGCCGCGGGGCGCCUUCAAAUUACGGACCUAUGAAUCCGCCAAUGAUGUCGGGUGCUGGACGAGGUGGAGGUGCGCCGCCGCCCCAGGGGCAAGCGGGUCGUGGGCAGGAGCCCCAGGCGGUGGGUGGUUUGAAGCCGCAGCAGCUGGUCCAGCAGCGACGCAAGUCGGCGCAGAAUUUGGAGCCGCAGUACGAUCAGGUCCCUAUCCCGCGCGGCUACGAAGCCGUCCACGGAUACGGUAACGCGGGCACGAUAGCGCCGUCGCCGUAUAACGUCGGGCGUCCUAGUCCGCCGCCCGCGCCGCAUCAACAGUUCCAGUCUUUUGGGCCGCAGGGCGCGCAGCAGCAGCAACAACAGCAGCAGCAGCAGCAGUGGGAUCCGCGAGGUGGUGUGCCUGCUGGGCACGGACAAUUACAGCCGGGACAACAACCGCCGUCGAUUAAGCGCAACGACGGCUCCGAGGCAAGCACCCCGACGCCGUCGGAUCAGGGCACGUUCUUGGAUAUGGCGCCUACCCCGCCCCCGCGACCGUCGCAGGACGAGUUCCGAUACGAUCGCCAGGCGCCUCCUCCGGUUCCCGCGCAGUUCCUGCGCCAGCAGGCGCAGGCGCAGCAGCAAGUCGGACCCCAGCAUCCGUCGAGACCGGAGGUGCAAACACAAAUACAAGCGCAGACGCCGAGUAGCUCGAACUGGGGCAGCGCACCAGACAGCGCGCGCAGCGGGCCGCGGAAACAGGACGUGCAGUUCAAGCCGUCGGACCCGAAUAUCGCGCCGCCAAGCGACCACGACGAUGCGCAGAGACCGCAUAUCGCUACGGCGAUGAGUCCCGGUCACGCGCCUACGCUACAGCCCGGACCCCUCGGGAUCGUGCACGAAAACACGAACGCGCACCCCCAACAGCGCGCUUUCUCGCCGACGAGCGUCGCGCCGGUACAGCAGUCGUCGUCGCCUAACCUGAACCCGAGCCCGCCGACACGCACGCCGCAGCCGCAGCCGGCACAAGAGCCAGAGACACAGGGCCCGCGUCUCGUGAGCAAAAUGUCAGCGACCGAAUCCCUGCGAAACGCAAGCGUAAACGCGUACCCGACUCAGAACCCGGCCUCGCUUAGCCCGGAUAUCGCGGCGGCGCGCGCGGCGAGCGUGAGCCCCGAACCGCCCGGGCCGAGGGCGCCUUUCCACCAGGUCUCUAGCACGAGCUUGAAUGUCAUGAGUCUUAAUGUGGAGAGGGCGAAUGAGGGGAGGGUCGAGGAGGAGGAUUUGUAUGAUGCGACGCCGAGGAUGGGGAGCGCGAUGGGGGGGUAUGGUGCCCAGGGGAUGGGAGGGGGGAUGGGGCAGGCGCAGGAUGAGAAUAUUAAGUAUGCGGGCUCGGAGAGGAGUCGGUCUACUGUUAAUGGGGUUGCUUCGGCUUCGAAUGUCAGCGUUGCAGCCACGGCCACAGCCGGAGUAGGGCUCGGGGUUGGGCUAGCGGUGGAUGCGGCAGGUAGCCAGAGGGGCUCGGACGACUCUUCGUUCUCGGAGAAGCAGGUCUCGAGCAACAUGGACUCCGAGGAGAAGAUCCUGGUCGAGCAGCCGGUCGAGCUGGCUGCCGUGAACGACGACGACGACGGGAUACCGGUCAUGAGCGCUACGUCGUACCCCGGUCAGGAGUGGAAUCCUUAUGGAGCGGGCGAGUUUGGGGAUUGGGAUUAGGACUGGGGUUGUGGAUGUUGAGUUCUAAGUUUGGUUUAUAUAUAAGCCAGCGUAAAUACGAUAGCGUCGUAAGAUGCUCGACGACGACAUUUUUGGAGAUAUUUUGAAGGGUAUGGAUAUGAAGCAGACGAAGCGAAGCGAAGCGGCAGAAAAGGGGGAAGCACAUCUAGCAUAUUUCACUUGGGCGGUAUAAUCUGGAUUGAAGAUUCAGGAUUUGAGAUCUAAUCGGUUUACAUCUUUUCCUCUGAUCGGUUGCAAGGUUUCAAUAUCUGUUUGUCUGGUGGAGCAGAGCGGGUAUGGAUAUAUGAUCUUGGUAUACUCUACGCUUUUGUCGUUUCUUCUGUUCUACUCUGUUAGGUACCUUUACUUACAUACCCCGGUGGAAGAUGUUUAUUCUUGUUGAUUUAUGAGGAGAAGUGAGAUCAGAUAGGAUCAGGUUUUUGAAGUAUUGAAAAAUUGAUGUUUAUGUUGAGUUCGCAGUAUAUGGUUGUGAGUUGUAAAUGUUCAAUAUGGCAGAUGAAGCUGCCGUGAUUUGGUUUUCAUAACAAUCAAUGCCAAGCCCCAUGUAAUUAUUAUGUCAGCCACAUACAUCAUCAAUUGACGAACGGGAUGGGAAACAAUAGAGUACCUCGGUACUUGUACAUACGCAGUACAAGGUCAAGCACAGCCACAGAGGUAACGUCGCGACCCCUGCAAUCUGAAUAACAAACAACUUGGCAAUUUGGCCUCAGGAGAGUUUU